GUAUUUAUGGGAGGGAGAGAUAAAGCAGAUUAGUUGGGGUGUUAUGGAGUAGAUACCAGCGUCUCCCUGUGCAGGGCACUUAUACAGUCCCUGUAUGAACCGGGUGUGAGCGGCGCUGGUGUUAAUGCGAGUGGCGCUGUGACCGGCCAUACACGACGUGUGCCGCAGCUAAGAUGCUGGCUCUUCCCGGAUUGCUCCUCCGCCGUGGCUCCAUGCUACGGCCUGGCCUGCUCGGGCAGCGCUGGGUGUGCACUGUUGCUGUGCGGCUUCAGUUUGUACGGGAAGCCGGAGCUGUGCGGCCUAGCUCCUACUCCCUGUUCCGCUUUCCCACGGCGACUAGGACGAUUGCUGUCGGCAGACACAUGUCCCAGAGCAACACUGGCAAAGAAACUGGUGUAUCUUCUGAUAUUGAUGGAAAUAAGCCAAACAAGACACAGCAGCUGAAACGUGUCUUUAAGGAGUAUGGAGGUGUUGCUGUUGCUUUCCACGUCGGGAUUUCAUUGGUUUCCCUGGGAAUAUUUUAUGUGCUUGUUUCAAGUGGUCUGGAUGUUUCCACGCUUCUUCUUAAAGUUGGUUUUAGUGAGACGGUCGUCCAAUCCAAGCUGGCUGCAGGCACCAGUACCUUUGUAUUGGCAUACGCCAUCCAUAAACUCUUUGCUCCUGUGCGAAUCAGCAUCACCGUAGUAUCCGUACCUUUUUUGGUCAGGUACUUUAGAAAGAUCGGUUUCUUCAAGCCCCCUUCUCAAACCUAGAAAUGGAACCUGAAUAUAGAUAUAAUUUGUGGGUAUGUAGAACAUGGCUGAAGUUAAGUCUUUGUGACAGAAAAAAUCAUGGGUUCAUAGGGAUAAGGAACUACCUUUUACUUGAAAUAUGUUCCAUACUUUAUUAUAUAUAUACUGGAAGCGAGCUCUGCACUAAUAAUGACUUUUAUGAAUUGAUGCGCUAAUAGAUUUCUAAUAAUUGUGAAAAUGCUAGCAACGCAUAUAGUAAAACAUUCAGGUGAUAGGAAAUCAAGUAAUGGUGUUUAUAAAGUGCACUUACUGCUCACUGUGAAGGCAGACGCUUUUUGGACUGCCACAUGGUGUAGUAAAUAUUGUUCCAGAGUCAUGAGCAAGAGACAGAUUCUCGUCAAGCUGCACUACUGAACAGCUCCUGCUGUACAACCCCCCCAUCCCCCCCCCCCCCCCAAGCACAUUUUUAUGUGUUAAAAAUGGUAGUUGCAACAGGGCAAUGAAUAUAGAGGGAUGCAUCUUUAUCCUGCCCCUCUAUGUGCAAUGUUAUUGCCAUUCUGGUAGGUGCUACAACAAACAUAUUUUUAACAUUUUGGUGCAUUAAUUCAUAAUUGAUGCCUACACUUUGCCAUGUCCAAACACCUAUUAUCACUCACCAGAUUCUUGGUGUGGUUAUACUUUGCUUAUGCUGGCCAUGGACUGUCAGACAGACCAAUUAUCUGGUAUUGCCACACACACUCUUUGUCUAAUAAUGAGUAUAUCCACUAUCAGAUAUGAGCAGCGUUUAGCGCGAUUUCAGGAAUGCUGAAAGAUUUCCCAUGCCCAGCUGAGUGAUAAUUGGUGUCCGGUUGUGGCUAUACACUGAGCAAUUAUCAGCCCGAUCAGCCAAUAAGGAAACAGUGUACGAUCCUCUUUAACUGCGUAUUAUUGCACAAUUUGAAACUAUGUUGUGUAAUGGUUUCAAAUUGGACUUUCAUGCAAAGUAAAAUACACAUUUAUUGUAGUAUAAUUGUAUAACUUUGGUUGUUUAAUUUCACCUAAUAAAAGGUUAUAUUUGA